AUGGUCUCCAGAUUGGAUCGUCUCGUAACGAUCCUCGAGACAGGCAGCACAAAACUAAUCCGCGACACCGCGGUCAAUCAGCUUGCAGACUGGCAGAAGCAGCAGCCCGAUGAGCUUUUCAAUCUCCUCUCUCGAGUAGUCCCGUAUCUUCGCCACAAAGAUUGGGAGACCAGAACAACUGCUGCCAAAGCAUUGGGCCGCAUCAUCGAGAAUGCUGCCGCUUACGACCCCAACGAAGAUGAGGAUCCGCUCGCCGCCAAGAAGGAAGAGCCGGCGGAGAACGGCACUGUGAAGAAGGAGGAGGACGACGAGAGUGACACCAAGUUGCCCCUCCCACAAUACUUCGACCCGGCGACUCUCGAUUUACCUAACAUCCUCCGUCAUGGACGAGAACUAUUGCGCACGGCCGGAAUGGACUAUGGUAUUGGGGCGCUGGACCCAUCUGCACGGCUAGCCCACCAGAAGAAGACACUGCCCGGCCGGUUGGGCCUGCUCGGAAGGCGAAUCGAGGACGAAGAGAUCACGGUUGUCAUCGAGAAAUCUGCAACCCCACCAGAUGCUAGAGACUCAACCCCCAUCAAGGGUGGGACUCUCCAAGACAGCGUACCUAACGCAACAGCAACGCCCGCGACUGAGGAGUCUUCCGGCUUGAGCGCUCGCCAACUCAAUGUGUUGAAGCGCAAGCGCAAGCGCGAUGCACAGAAAGCAGCACAAGGCAAGGGAGGGUUUGGAGAUCUCUCGAUUCGGCGGUCGUUCACUGGUGGUUCAGAUGCUGCAGAGGACACGCCAAUGCCUGAUGCGGAGACGAAAAAGAAUGGCAAGACGGAUUACUUCAACCUCGACCGGCCCGCAGACAUCGAUGAGGAUGCGAAGAUUGUGUCAGAAUUCAAGGGACCCAUGGUCCCAAUCAAGUCUGAGAUUGAGACAGAAUCGGAACUGGAAGGCGCGGAGUGGCCCUACGAUCGUCUGUGCGAGUUUCUCAAGGUCGAUAUAUUCGAUACGCAGUGGGAAGUGCGUCAUGGCGCAGCCCUCGGCUUGCGUGAGAUCCUGCGCGUCCACGGGGCAGGUGCCGGACGACUCCGGGGGAAAACCAGACAAGAGAACGACUUGCUGAACCGGAAAUGGCUGGACGACAUGGCCUGCAGGCUUUGCUGUGUUCUCAUGCUCGACAGAUUUACAGAUUACGCAUCAGACACCUCCGUGGCGCCAAUUCGUGAAACCGUUGGCCAAUCGCUGGGCUCGUUCCUGAAGUAUGUGCCGGAAGAGUCUGUAUACAACAUCUAUAAAAUACUGCUCCGAAUGGUCCUGCAACAAGACCUGGAGCUUGACCGCCCCGUCUGGGCUGUUUGCCACGGUGGUAUGGUCGGGCUGCGCUACGUGGUUGCUGUGCGCAAAGAUAUGUUGCUGCGGCACAACGACAUGAUUGACGGCAUUGUGCAGGCGGUCAUGAAGGGUCUCGGUGACCAGGACGACGAUGUCCGGUCAGUUAGUGCAGCAACCCUGAUCCCAAUGGCACAGGAAUUCGUCAAUCUUCGCCCUGGCGCGCUUGACCAGCUCAUCAGCAUUGUCUGGGAGAGUCUUUCCAGCCUGGGCGAUGAUCUUAGUGCCAGUACUGGCAAGAUUAUGGAUCUCCUUGCUACGCUUUGCAGCUUCCCAGAAGUCUUGCAGGCCAUGAAGAAGUCUGCCGAGAUGGACGAAGAACGAUCCUUCACACUUCUGGUCCCACGGCUGUACCCAUUCCUACGCCAUACAAUCACUUCAGUUCGACUUGCAGUUCUGAAGGCACUUACGACCUUUGUCAAUCUCGGCGAGGAGACACAGGGCUGGCUCGAUGGCAAGACCCUGCGACUCAUUUUCCAAAAUCUCCUAGUCGAACGGGACAUGGAUACUUUGCGCAUGUCCUUGCAAUUGUGGACUGCGCUGGUCAAGUGUUUGGCAAAAAAGCCAGAGGUGCUUGCUCACGAGUUCUCCAGCCAUGUGAGCCCUCUCAUGCACCUCACUCUUCACCCGAUUGGCAUCUCCAGGCACCCCAUCCCUAUGAACGGGGCAUACUUCCAAAAGCCUUCUGGAGGCACCUACAUGGUGAGGGGAUUCAUGCCGGUGUUGCCACAUGCAUCAUCCGAUACAGAUGAACGCUCGGCAAAGAGAAGGAAGAAGCUGUCCAAGACGGAUGACAUACCCGUCAGCACCCAUUCGCAUGAUCUGGAUGGACAUAUGAUGCAGGGCGAUGUCGACCUUGUUGGCAUGGACACGCUGAUCCGAUCGCGCGUGUUUGCCGCCACAGCGAUGGGUCUCAUCAUGGCUAGUGUGCCAACAACAGCACUAUCGAGUUACGACUCCAUUCUCAUCCCCGGUUUCUCCUCGGCCUUUUCCUCGACGCAGCUCACCGCAUGCAUUGUUGCUGAUGAAUUUGCUCGGAACAGCAACGCCGAGCUCGACUACACGAGAUAUGUGAGUGAGCUGCAGCGUAUGAUUGAGGGCGAGCGACCUGCACAAUACCAAGAUCUUGUCAAUUUUCUCCAACGAGUACGAUCACAGUGUCAACAGCUCCUCAACCUCUUCAGAGAUCAUGGCAAAAUUGCUUCGCACAAGCUCCCGGUGCUUGCAGUUCUUGUUCAGGGUGAGGCGGAUGCUGGUCCCAAUGCUUUUUCGCUAGCCAACGCAGAGAAGUGCGUCAGUGAAGACUACGACAAGCUGAAGCGGAUCAUGGCACCAGCGCAGCGUAUCACAGCGAGCCAGCAGCUCAAUGAAGCCCGCUUGGCCGCUGUUGCUACGAUGGAUGAGACAAGGACCGUUAAGGAGUCUCGCGAUGUGCGCAUCAAAGCUGCAGCAGCAUGUGCUCUUAUAGCCAUGAAAGUUCUGCCAAAGAAGCCCAGUCCGCUCAUCAAAGGUAUUAUGGACAGCAUCAAAUCGGAAGAGAACCAGCAGCUUCAGGGACGGUCAGCAGAGACCAUUGGCCGUCUCAUUCAGCUGUUCACGGAGAAGGGUCGUCGUGGCCCUGCCAACAAGGUGGUUGAGAACCUGGUCAAGUUUUCGUGCGUCGAAGUCGCCGAGACACCAGAAUUCCCAGUCCAUGCGCAUCGCACCAACGUGGUUCUGUCGAUGCUCAAGGAGGAGGAUCGUGUGGAUCAUGCCGACGCAGCCAAGUUUGCCCGGGAAGCCAAGGCUGCUCGCAUCACCCGACGUGGAGCCAAAGAAGCACUUGAAAUACUUGCUAAGUCUUUUGGGGCGACUGUCUUCGACAUCGUACCGAGCUUGCGAACAUUCAUGGAAGAGCCAUUGCAGAAAGCAUUCUCUGGAGACUUGCCCGCCGAAGCGCGUGACCCCGAGAACACCUUUGGCCAGGAGAUUGUUGAUGCCAUGUCGGUCAUCAGAACUAUCACCCCGACUUUGCAUACUUCCUUGCACGAGUUCGUCAUGCAGCAAGUGCCCCUCGUCAUCAAGGCACUCCACUCGGAGCUGUCCGUGUUUCGAUAUAUGGCAGCCAAGUGCCUCGCAACGAUCUGCAGUGUCAUCACUGUGGAGGGCAUGACUGCACUCGUGGAAAAGGUUCUCCCGUCUAUCAGCAACCCACUAGAUCUCCAUUUCAGACAAGGAGCCACCGAGGUCAUUUACCACCUCAUCGCAGUUAUGGGAGAUGCCAUCUUGCCUUAUGUCAUCUUCCUCAUCGUGCCAGUCUUGGGAAGGAUGAGCGAUUCAGACAGUGACAUCCGUCUGAUUGCUACGACAUCCUUUGCGACACUCGUCAAGCUGGUGCCUCUCGAAGCUGGCAUUCCCGAUCCUCCGGGUCUUUCGGAGGAACUACUCAAGGGCAGAGACCGUGAGCGCAUGUUUAUCUCUCAGCUACUUGACCCCAAGAAGAUUGAGUCAUUCAAGAUCCCUGUCGCCAUCAAUGCAGAGCUCCGCUCAUAUCAACAGGACGGCGUCAACUGGCUCAAUUUCCUGAACAAGUAUCACUUACACGGCAUUCUUUGCGACGACAUGGGCCUUGGAAAGACCCUGCAGACGAUCUGCAUGGUUGCGAGCGACCAUUAUAACCGGGCUGAAGAGUUCAAGAAGACGGGAGCGGCAGACUUCCGCAAGCUUCCUUCGGUUAUCGUGUGCCCGCCCACUCUGUCAGGCCACUGGCAGCAAGAAUUGAAGACCUACGCGCCAUUCUUGGAAGUUGUGGCGUUCGUCGGCCCCCCAGCAGAGCGGAGGGCGAAGGCCUCCAAAUUCGCCGACGCAGACAUUGUCAUCACGUCAUACGAGGUUUGCCGCAAUGAUACCGAGUACCUCGAGAAACAAAACUGGAACUAUGUCGUUCUCGAUGAGGGUCAUCUCAUCAAGAAUCCGAAGGCCAAGAUCAGCGUUGCGGUCAAGAAGCUGCCCAGCAACCACCGCCUGAUCCUGACGGGAACCCCCAUCCAGAACAAUGUUCUGGAGCUGUGGUCGCUCUUCGAUUUCCUCAUGCCUGGUUUCCUUGGUGCAGAGAAGGUCUUCCUCGACCGCUUUGCUAAGCCCAUCGCGGCUAGUCGAUCCAGCAAGGCAGGAUCGAAAGAACAGGAAGUCGGUGCUCUGGCAGUCGAGGCGCUGCACAAACAAGUGCUUCCUUUCCUACUCCGCCGUCUCAAGGAGGAAGUGCUGGACGACCUCCCACCGAAGAUCUUGCAAAACUACUAUUGCGACGUCAGUGAUCUGCAGAGGAAGCUCUUUGACGACUUCACCAAGAAACAGGGCAAGAAGCUUACCGAGGAAGCUGGCCGCGAUGACAAGGACGCGAAGCAACACAUCUUCCAAGCUCUGCAGUAUAUGCGCAAACUCUGCAACUCCCCUGCGCUCGUCAUGACGCCAAACAACAAGCAGUAUGAGGAGACGCAGCGGGCCCUCGCCAAGCAGAACACGAGGGUAGAGGACCCGAUUCAUGCUCCCAAGCUGACGGCUUUGAGAGAUCUAUUGGUCGACUGUGGUAUCGGCACCGAAGGUGCUGACGCAAACGACCCCCUAUAUCAGCCCAUCAAGCCUCAUCGUGCCCUCAUCUUCUGUCAGAUGAAGGAGAUGUUAGACAUGGUGCAGAACACUGUACUCAAGAGCAUGCUGCCAUCGGUGUCGUACCUUCGACUGGACGGUUCGGUGGAAGCCAACAAGCGGCAAGAUAUCGUCAACACGUUCAACAAAGACCCGUCGUACGACUGCCUUCUCCUCACCACUAGCGUUGGCGGUCUUGGUCUCAACCUGACGGGUGCUGAUACGGUCAUCUUUGUCGAGCACGACUGGAACCCGCAGAAGGAUCUCCAGGCUAUGGACCGUGCUCAUCGCAUCGGCCAGAAGAAGGUGGUCAAUGUUUAUAGGCUUAUCACGCGUGGCACUCUUGAGGAGAAGAUCCUCAACCUGCAGGCAUUCAAGAUUAACAUCGCGUCCACAGUUGUAAACCAGCAGAAUGCAGGUUUAGGCACCAUGGACACCGAUCAAAUCUUGGAUCUCUUCAAUUUUGGAGACACUGGCUCAAAUCUUAUUUCGGACAAACCACAAGGCGCUGUGGAUGGCCGCGAAGAAGAUCUUGUUGAUGAUGAGACAGGAGACGUCCGCGCGCCGGGCAAGAAGGCCUGGAUGGAAGAUCUUGGGGAGCUUUUGCACUCCGAGAACCAGUACGAAGAGAGUUUCGAUCUCGACGGUUUCCUCAAACAAAUGGGCUAG